GUAAAAUUCGGGGAAAUACCCUAAACAAAAAAUGAUCUGAUCAGUUCCAAAAUAAGGAUUUUAAAGACAAAAGAACUAGUUCUAUUUGUAUGAAAGAAUAACAUCAAGAGGAUGGAACAGAAACACAGAAAUAUUCUGCAGUCUAAUUUUGCCUACCUUAUAAAAAAUCUGCAUAAUGUUGAAGAAAUAUGUGAUCAUUUGGUUGGUGAUGGUAUACUGACAUCAGGGAUGAUGGAUUCAAUUAAGCAUAAAAAGCCAAGGCCUACUGGACAGACCAGGGAACUUUUAUCUAUCUUACCAAGGAGAGGAACGAAAGCUUAUGAAAGUUUUAUUAAUGCCCUUGAUGAAACAGGAAAUGGAGAAGUUGCCAGUCACUUAGAGACGAAUAACUCAAAAAGUAAUGGACAAAAUCCUGGUAAAACAGAUAAUGGUUUAUCAAAGCCAAAAAAUGGCAAUGGUGACACACAAGAGGCAAAAAAAGAACAUUCUGGAAAACCAGAGGGAACACAAAAAUCAGAAUCUGAAAAUAAACAAGAUCCUGAAGGCUGGCCUAAUUUAAAGAAAAGAUCAGUAGUGGUUCAGAAACGUGACAUAACAAAAUGCACUGAAGACGCAUUCAAAGAGAUUUGUGAAAAAAGACAGGUUUACAAUAUGACAGGCAAAAAGAAAGGAAAAUUUCUAAGUAUAGCAAAUCUGAAGGGUACAACCACAGACGAGAAUACAGGUGCCAAAUCAGUAAAUGAUUCCCUUACUAAGAACACACUAUGUGAAAAUAGGUGCAGAAGCUGUGUGGACUUUGACAAAACAGCUAUUUCACAGCUAUUUACACAUAUGAAGUAUGAGUCAAAAGCAGCUGAUAUGACAAGAGAUGUUCCAGGAGAGGAAAUGAAGAAAUUUCUUGAUGGUCAUUUAAACAACAAAGAUGGUGUUGCUUCAUCUUUUGAUAGCUUAGUUGUAGUUUUCUUCUCUGGUGGAUAUGAAUAUGAACCAGCAAACAUAUAUGACAAGAAUGGCAAUAAAAUUGAUAAAGAUGAAAUAUUUACAAUGAUGAAAGAAUCCAAAGCUUUUAAAGGCAAACCAAAAAUUGUCAUCAUUAGAACAUACAGUUUUGAAGAAGAAACAUGCCCACAUGAUGUUCUUGAUGCUGCAAAUGCUAGUCUCCAUUAUUACACAAAAGAGCCAAAUACAGACGAUCUUUUUGUGGUGUCAUCUCAACCAAGGACAGAAAAGGGACCUUGGAUAAUUGGAGACGGAAUGAAUGGUUCAUACUUCAUACAGGCAUUGAUUCACGUCUUUAAGAAUAUGGCACAUGAAAAAUCAUUUAUGGAAAUGAUGGAAGAGGUUAAUAUUUGUCUUACCAAUGCUGUUGUUCCUGAUCAGGGAAAGAAGGCUGUAGCUGAAGUAAUGAUUCUUGAACAAAGCGUACAAAAAGAUUUGUUCUUCUUUCCAGGAUUGUUAGAUGUUCCUCCUGUUGCAAAGAAAGUUGAUGGAUGGCCAGAUUUAGCAGUUAGUGGAAAUACUGUAAAGAAAUCAGAUAUCAAAGCAUGUUCAGAAAAUUUCCAGAAAACGAUACAAAAUCAAAGAAAGAUAUACCCAAUGACAAGCACAAAGAGAGGGAAAUUUAUUUUGAUAUCUAAUGCUCAGUGUAAUUGCACACUUGACGAAAACCAGACUGAAGAAGAUGCAAAGAAGAAAGAACAAAGAUAUAAGGAGUGUAUCACAAAUUCAGACUUUGAUAAAUCCAAUAUGAGUCAGCUUUUUAAAUAUAUGGGAUAUGACACAGCUGGUGGUAUUCUAACUAAGAAAACAAAAGAGGAUAUCAAAGAUUUCUUGAAAAAAAAAUUGAAUGAUAUAGAUAAUGAUCCAUCUUUAAUGUAUGAUAGUCUGGUAAUAAUGUUUUUAUCUGGAAAAUUUGACUCAAAAGCAGGAAAGAUUUAUGACUGUGAUGGAUUAAUUGUUCCAAGGAGUGAAAUUUUAGAAAUUAUGAAUGGCUGUAGAUAUUUUAAAGGGAAACCAAAAGUAUGUUUUGUUCAAACCUACAAUUUUCUAGAAGAAAGUGCACCUUAUGAUUCAACCGAUUCUGCAGUUGAUACCAUUUUAAGGAAUGGUACUCCAAACACAGAUGAUAUAUUUAUGGUAUCAAGUUACCCAAGAACAGAACAAGGUCCAUGGAUAAUUGGUGAAAACAUGAGUGGAUCAUACUUUAUUCAAGCACUAAUAUAUGUCUUCAAGAAACAUGCCCAUGACAAAUCAUUAAUUGAAAUAUUAGAAGAGGCAAACAAAUGUCUUCUCAAUGCUGUGGUACCAAACAAAAAAGCUGGGACAGUCGAAAAGAUACCUGUUGCACAAAUUGUUUUAUUGGAGUAUUGUGCAGGAAAGGAACUUUUCUUCUUUCCAGGACUUGAAUUUAAAGCACAAGAUUUAAGUGCUUCUUUGUCAGGAAAGCCAGUGUGUUCACCAUCAGAAUAAUGUUUAACUGCAGUUUGAAUAGAUAAAACUAGUUGUUACGUGAAAAGAACCUUUAGCAUUUUUCAUCAGUAAUAUGACUGUAUAAUGUUUAGGACAACUAGUUUUUACUGAGUCUUGAAUCUUUGACAAUGCUGAAUGUACAUAUAGUAGAGGGCUCAUGUCAAUUCUCUAAAAACAAGUAUUCCAAUUCAAUGUUCCCUCAUCCUAUAUACCAUUUACUGUUAAAUAUAAAUUUGUAUUUGUUGGGAAAAUGUGUUUUUCAGUUAAAAAAAGAUCUCAUUAUACAUGUUAUAACCUGUAAAGUAUACCAAUAUUUUAGUGAAAACACAGAUAUGCAUGCCAUGCGUUUUACCAAACUGUUAUGAACCGAACUCUUUUUCAUUUCAUACAAUGUUUAGGAGAAAAAAGAAAAAAACCCAAGAAAGUCAUGAAAUUUCAAACACUACUCUCUUCAUAGGUUCUUUCUUAUGAUAAUGUUAAAAGACUCCUGUUUGAGUUAUGGAUUAAUCAUAUUCACAGGAAUUAGAUAUGCAAAUUAAUGCUGAUAUUUACUCCAGAAUAUGGAAAUUAUAAUAACAAUAUGACCUCUUUAAAACUUAUGAGGUCGCCUUUAUGAAUUACUUUAAGUUUGUGGUGAUCUCCUUAAUUGAGAUAACAUUUAAGUAGUAAAACAUACUGUUGUAUAGCUAACGAAUACAUCAUUAUUCCAGUACUACACCAGUUGCUAAACAUAUAUGGCAAUUCUUUUCCAGGCAAAAUGCCAAAUACCAUUAAUGCAAGCCCUUUGAAAACAAACUGCUUCUAAUGAAUAAAGUCUUUUUUAGAGUUUAAAAUUAUAUAAAAAUUAGACUUUGCCUUUUUUUUUUUUUAGAAUAAUAGACAAUUGGAUUUAAGACGUCUAUGAUUUUGUUUAUAAUUAAAUAACAACAUUGUCAUUGUGACCCCAUUUUGAUUUAGAUAUACCCCUGUAUUACUGUAUUGAAAUUGGCUAUUUGCAAUAAAACAAAAAGUAAAAUCACAAAAAUACUGAACUCAGAGAAAAUCCAAUGGGAAAGUCCAUAAUCACAUGGCAAAAUCAUAUGACAAAACACAUCAAAAGUGAAUGGACAAGAACUGUCAUAUUAAUUACUUGGUACAGGCAUUUUCAAAUGUUCAAAUAGAUGACAUAAGGUAUUUGCAAUAAAACAAAAGACUGCAUAUUGUACUGGCAGUUAUGUAUGUUGUUAUCGGACAUCAUUUGACAGAAACUUGUUUUUGAAAUAUCAGUAAAAUAGAGGUGGAAGAUACCUGAAGAACAUUCAACAGUUGAUUAAAAUUGUUUUAUCACGAAGUGACAGUUCCUGAACUCAGCAUUGUUGGACUUCACAAAUUAUGCAUUCAAUGAAAUCAGCUUCCAAAUUCAAGUUCCUUAAUUUCCAUGUAGUAAAUGUUACCUUUUAUGAAGAUAUAUGUUAUCAGGUCAAGCGGACGUUCAAUUAAGUGUUCCAUUAUUUUGAGAUAUAUGUCUGCAAACCAAACAAAUGAUUUAUAUUUGAAUUAUCUUUGUCAAAAUAGUAUACACAUUCAGCAUAGGAUACCUUGGAAGAAAAACAUAUUUAUUCGCAAUUCUAUCAUGAAAUAUCUCAAAUGAUUAUUUAAAAUGUAUCAAAGAAACUAUUGAGGUUACUAUUUUAGAUACAUCUAUAAAUUUGGUAUAGUUAUGUGAUUCCUCAUUUGAUAAACUAAAUCAGAAUUAACACAUAUUACUCUUUCCAUACUUUUGACACUGCAAACACAUUAUGUAUGGAUGUCAAUGACAAAAGUAAUAGUUUUAAAGAAUCCAUGUUCUUUCAUCUAGUUUACAUGGAAACGUUGUUUACAAGGUUAAUUUCGUUUUUAAAAGAAUAUGAUUUACUUGAUUUAUUUCACUGUCUGACCAUUUUUAUAGGAAUGUUUUUUUUGUUGUUGAAGAUUAUGACUUUUUUUAUAUAGAGUAAAAAGAAAAUAAUGUUUAAAAUAUAAGGAUAUUUUCACACUUCCAGCACUUAUAUCGUUUUAAGUUAGUUUGUAUAUAUGUUACUUUUGUUAUAUUUACAUGAUAUAUUUAUUUAUAGUAAACUUUUGCCUAUUUGCCAGAUAAUACAAUUUUAAUUUUGAU